CAACCUAGCCCAUUGUCUCCAACUCCAAACCAAUCCCACUCUCUCCCCUCUAAUAUAUUCCUCCCCACCACCCUUCCCCUUUUUUCAUUUCCAAAUACCCUAAUUCAUCUCAAACUUCAAUUACUUCACUCUAAUGGCUCAAGAACCCCAAAAACCAACUGAAGAUGUGGUCCCCACCACCUCUGAAACUCCCGUCGAAACUCCACCACCCGCCGCCGAAGAAGUUGUAACUGCUACCGCUACCGCUGCCGCUGCUGAUGUCUCCACUGACAAGGACGUUACUCCGGUUGCUGAAGAUCCCGAGAAGCCGGCUGAAGCUGUGGCGGAGACUGCUAAGCCUGCUGAUGAGACCGCCACUGAGAACAAAAUUUCUCAAUCGGUUUCUUUCAAGGAAGAAACCAACGUCGUUUCUGAACUUCCUGAGCUUCAGAAAAAAGCACUCGAUGAUCUCAAACAGCUUAUUCAGGAAGCACUUAACAAACACGAGUUCACCGCUCCUCCAGUUAAGGCUACACCUGAAGUAACCGCACAAGAAGAGAAAAAACCAGAAGAAGAAAAGAAAACUGAAGAAACGAAAUCCGAAGAGAAGAAGGAAGAAGUAACCGAAGAGAAGAAGGAAGAAGUAGUAGUAGUUGAAGAGAAAAAGGUUGAAGAAGAAAAAGCUUCAAGUUCUGAGGAACCUAAAACCGAAGCUAAAACCGAACCUGAAGAGAAGAAAGUGGAGGAGACUGUGGUGGAAGUUGUUGAGAAAAUAGCUUCGAGUACUGAAGAAGACGGUGCGAAAACGGUUGAAGCUAUUCAGGAAAGCAUAGUAUCAGUUGCUGUUACUAGCGGUGAUGGUGAGCAACCUGUUGCUGUGGCUGUUGAUGUGGAGGUUCCUCCUUCUACACCAGAAGAAGUUGAAAUAUGGGGAAUUCCGUUGCUAGCUGAUGAGAGAAGUGAUGUGAUUCUUCUGAAGUUCCUUAGAGCAAGGGAUUUUAAGGUGAAGGAGGCUUUCACAAUGAUCAAACAAACUGUUCUUUGGAGAAAGGAAUUUGGAAUUGAAGCACUUCUUCAAGAGGAUCUUGGAACUGAUUGGGACAAAGUUGUUUUCACGGAUGGUUAUGACAAAGAGGGUCACCCUGUUUACUACAAUGUUUUUGGUGAGUUUGAGAACAAGGAAUUGUAUCAAAAAAGUUUCUCUGAUGAUGAGAAGAGAAACAAGUUUAUCCGUUGGAGGAUUCAGUCUUUGGAGAAAAGUGUUAGAAAGCUCGACUUUGCUCCAUCUGGUAUCGCUACUAUUGUUCAGAUUAAUGAUCUUAAAAAUUCUCCUGGAUUUGUUAAGAAGGAGCUUAGACAAGCUACUAAUCAGGCACUUCAAUUGCUUCAGGAUAACUAUCCCGAAUUUGUUGCCAAACAGAUUUUUAUCAAUGUUCCUUGGUGGUACCUUGCCUUUUCUAGGAUGAUUAGUCCUUUCCUGACACAGAGGACCAAGAGCAAAUUUGUAUUUGCUGGCUCCUCCAAAUCUGCUGAUACCCUUUUCAAAUAUAUCGCUCCCGAGCAAGUGCCAGUUCAAUAUGGAGGACUUAGCCGGGAGGGUGAACAGGAAUUCACCACUGCUGACCCUGCUACAGAGGUUAUUAUCAAACCAGCAACAAAACAUGCUGUUGAGUUCCCAAUUUCUGAGAAAAGCACUUUGGUUUGGGAAAUCAGAGUGGUGGAUUGGAAUGUGAGCUAUGGAGCAGAAUUUGUGCCUAGUGCUGAAGAUGGAUACACAGUGAUAGUACAAAAGAACCGAAAAAUCUCACCAGCUGAUGAAACAGUAAUUACCAACACCUUCAAAAUCGGGGAACCUGGCAAAGUUGUACUCACCAUUGAUAACCAAACAUCAAAGAAAAAGAAGCUUCUUUACAGGUCCAAAACCAUACCCAUCUCUGAGUAAAAAAGGUUUCAAAGAAAAAGAUGUCUGAAUUCUUCAUUGACAAAGAGAAUGAUAUACGAAGGUGAAGAAGAAUACUAAGGGUGUUGUUUUGUAUUCAAUAUAUGAAUUAUAUAACAUUGUUGUGAAAGUUAUUGGGUGGGUUACUUAUAUUCUUUUAUAUAGGGUUAUUUUGUUCAUUUGGGCUGUAAAUUAUUUUUGUUUCACGUAUGGGGUUGGUAAAUUUUAUUUACAGUUUAUUAUUAUUACUUAUAUUUUCAAUACUAAUGUGGUGUUUUCUUCAUUUGAAUUUGAAUUUGAUGAAACCUUUGUUAUGGAAGAACUCAAUUGGGGUUCCUUUCCUUUAUAAAAGAAAAGUUCACUGUUUUUGUU